AUGCUCGAAGACGCCGUCGGCACCGCCCACAAGUACCGGGAAUAUGUGCGCACCUCGAGCUUGCUCCCACCUUCCAAUCCCCAAAGGAAUCACUCGCCCACGCAUCAACACCGGACCGGGUCAUUGAAGCAGCAGCUCACCAUGUCCGCCCUCAGAAUCCUCGUGCCCGUAAAGCGGGUUAUUGACUAUGCCGUCAAGCCCCGCGUCAACAAGGCCCAGACGGGCGUCGAGACGGCCGGUGUUAAGCACUCGAUGAACCCCUUUGACGAGCUCUCGGUUGAGGAGUCGGUCCGCAUCCGCGAGAAGAAGCGCGCGCCCGGCGGCGUCGAGGACAUCACCGUUAUCUCGGCGGGCCCCCCCAAGGCCGUCGAUGUGCUGCGGACGGCCAUGGCCAUGGGCGCCGACCGCGCGAUCCACGUCGAGACCAAGGAGGGCGAUGACCUCGAGCCGCUGAGCGUCGCGAAGCUGCUGCGCAAGGCCGCCGAGGAGCACAAGAGCAACCUCGUCAUCCUCGGCAAGCAGAGCAUCGACGACGACGCGAACCAGACGGGCCAGAUGCUGGCUGGCCUCCUCGGGUGGUCGCAGGCGACUUCGGCGAGCAUCGUCGAGUUUGGCGAGGGGGACAGCGUCAGCGUCACGCGCGAGGUCGACGGCGGUGUCGAGACAGUCAAGGGCAAGUUGCCGAUGGUCAUUACGACGGAUCUGAGGCUCAACGAGCCGCGGUACGCGAGCUUGCCGAAUAUCAUGAAGGCCAAGAAGAAGCCACUCGAGAAGAAGAAGCUGGCCGACUACGGCAUCGGAGUCGAGAAACGGUUGAAGGUGCUCAAGGUUACUGAGCCUCCUGUGCGCCAGGGCGGCGGCAAGGUCGAGGACGUCAACGGGCUCGUUGCGAAGCUCAAGGAGCUCGGUGCCUUGUAAGCGGCGUGUGGUGGCCUGUAUCAGUACGAAAAGACUUUUUUUUUUUGGCAAUAGACCCGGUUCCGAUGCAACCUUUCCCGGCCACAAGGUCGUUGACAAU